UCCAAAUGACCGUCUUCUUCUCCUCGUUCGUUAGCUCUUCUCCGCCUCUGACCUCCGGUCGGGCUGUCGGACUGCUUUGCUACCUCUCCCAGCAGAACAGAAAGGCGACGCUCCUUACAAGAGAAUGUCACAGCUAUGGUGGUACAUUGGAAUAGCAACCUGCGUAAAGCUCCUCCUGAUCCCCUCCUACCACUCCACAGAUUUCGAAGUCCAUCGCCACUGGCUCGCCUUGACCCGCUCUCUCCCUCUCUCUCAAUGGUACUCCGACAAGACCAGCCCCUGGACCCUCGACUAUCCCCCGUUCUUCGCCUUCUUCGAGCGCUUUCUCUCCCUCUUCGCCCCCCUCGUCGACCCCAAGAUCGUUCACCUCCAUGACGGCCUCAACUACACGGCCCCCACCGCAGUCUACUUUCAGAGAGCCACCGUGAUCGUUUCCGAUUUCUGCCUCUUCUACGCGGUACAUCGGCUGGGCCGGAAUCUCGGGCCGAUGGCGAGGAAUCUGAUCUGGAUCUUGGUGGCUUGGUCGCCGAUGCUCGUGAUUGUCGACCAUAUGCAUUUUCAGUACAAUGGGUUCCUACUAGGGCUGUUGUUGUUGUCCAUUUCGUUCUUGAUGGAAGGCAGAGAUUUGGCCGGUGGGUUCGUGUUUGCCAUCUUGCUGUGUUUCAAGCACCUGUUUGCGGUGGCUGCGCCGGUUUAUUUUGUGUAUUUGUUGAGGCAUUAUUGUUGGGGCCGCGGGAUCGUGAGGGGCUUCUGGCAGCUCUUCGUCAUGGGGACGGCAGUCUUGGCGGUUUUUGCGGCCGCGUACGGGCCGUUCGUCUAUCAGGGGCAGAUUCAGCUAGUCCUUCGUCAAAUGUUUCCAUUCGGCAGGGGCCUUUGCCAUGCAUACUGGGCUCCAAACUUCUGGGUUUUCUAUAUCCUUCUAGAUAAAGUCCUUGCCUUUAUGCUUCGGAAACUUGGCUUCAGUAUUGAGGCACCAAUGGCUUCAUUCACCGGUGGUCUUGUGGGUGAUAUGUCGCCUUUUGCUGUACUUCCUCUGGUAACCCCCUUGACAACCUUUGUCAUGGUCCUACUAGCCCUAUCCCCUUGUCUUAUCAGGGCCUGGAAUAAACCCCAAAGGAAAUCAAUUUCAAGAUGGGUUGCCUAUGCUUACACUUGUGGGUUUCUGUUCGGUUGGCAUGUUCACGAGAAAGCAUCACUCCACUUUGUUAUUCCUUUUGCAAUUGUGGCGGUGCAGAGCUUGGAGGAUGCAAAGCACUACUUCUUGCUCUCAAUAGUGUCAUGCUAUUCGUUGUUCCCGCUUCUAUACGAAGCUCAAGAGUAUCCCAUAAAAGUGCUCCUGCUGCUACUGCACUCCUUGUUGAUGUGGCUUGGGUUCUCUGCUCUUUAUGGCCAGAUAGAACCGGCUGAAGAGGCAGUUAUUGCUAAGAAAGUGGACGGCCCUUACGAGGCCAGAAUAUCUCAAGGAUCUGCCAGGAAGAGGGAGUUCAAGAUGGGUUCAGUUUCUAGGAUUUACUUUUUCGGAUUAGUGAUUGUUGAGGUGUACGGGCAAUUUUUGCACCCUUACCUUCUCAGUAAUAAGCUACCUUUUGUGCCACUCAUGAUGAUAUCAACGUACUGUGCAGUUGGCAUCAUGUACUCUUGGAUAUGGCAACUUAGGCAGAUUGUUGGGUCUGUCUCAUAAUUUACGGUAGUCCAAAUUUUUCAUAUUGAGAUCUUUGAAAGCUUUUGUCCCCGCACUCUGCCUGGGAGAGAACAGAUUGAUCGGAUGGAAAAUAGUGAUGCAUGUUUUUGUUC